UUUUGGAUCUGUUCAACGAUUUAAAAGAGCAACUAUCAAGUUGCCCGGAGAAAACUCGUGCACUCUGCCGCACUGUCCAGACGACAGUGUGGGGUGCCGUUGUAUCCUCAUUAAACGCAGCGCUUGGCAGCAGUGGAGGUGGUGGUGCAGUCACAUCAUCGGCGGAUAGCAGUGGCGGCUCCGGCGUAUCCGGACCAGGACCCGGUGGUGGUGCGAGCGUUAGUCGCUUAGCAUCUAUAAUGGGCGCGGUCAGUUCACGUCAUAUAUCUACCAGUGAUGUACUGGUAGAGGAGGGCGGUCAUGGAACUGGUGGCGGUCAUAAUCAUGAUCAUGGCAAUGGCCAUUACUCACAUAAGAAUGGUAUAACCACAGCUAGUGGUGGUUUUCUACAGAAACAAGAUUUACAUUAUGACAUCGGUUCGAGUUCGCAGUAUCAUCAUGUACGUCAACCGAGCGUACGCAGUCGAAGCCAACAGCCGAUGCCCACCACAGAUGAGUUGGAUCGGCGAUUCGCAAAAGUUUUGGCCUCCAUGGAUUUGCCGCCAGACAAAGCGAAAUUACUUAAGAAUUACGAUGAUGAAAAGAAAUGGGACAUAAUAUGUGAUCAGGAUAUGGUGCAAGCUAAAGAUCCACCAUCUCAUUAUCUCAACAAAUUGCGGACAUAUCUCGAUCCAAAAGCAUCUCGAAGUCAUCGGCUAUUCUUCCUCUACUUUCUUUGUCAGAAACGCAAAAUGGUCGGUGAGUCCACAUCAACGCAGGUGCUGCGUGAUCUUGAGAUCUCGCUGCGCACUAACCACAUUGAAUGGGUGAAGGAGUUUCUCGACGAUACGAAUCAAGGUCUCGACGCGCUCGUCGAUUACCUCAGUUUUCGACUACAAAUGAUGCGGCAUGAACAACGUGUUGAGGAGGCGCUCACCGACUCGGAUGAGCGUCUGAAUAUGACAAGUAGUCAGACAGUUGGAGGAGGUGGCGUCGGUUCGGGUUCUGCGGAUGGUCUUGGCAGUUCAUCGGUUGGAGUGAGUUCACCGCUGAGUGGCAGCAUCAAUUUGGAUGGCACGCGGCAUCAUCAGCAUCCACACGCCGGUCAUUCUGGCGGCAAUCUAAAUGGUUUUCUACGUCCCUCGCUGGCCGAGGUGCUCGACAGUCCCAGCAUCAGAAGACGUUCCAGGCAUAUAGCCAAAUUGAAUAUGGGCGCAUCCACAGAUGACAUACACGUAUGUAUAAUGUGCUUGCGUGCCAUAAUGAACAACAAAUACGGCUUUAACAUGGUAAUCCAGCAUCGUGAAGCCAUCAAUUGCAUUGCGUUGAGUCUGAUACACAAAUCGUUGAGGACAAAGGCGUUAGUGCUGGAGCUGCUGGCUGCCAUUUGUCUGGUGAAGGGUGGUCACGAAAUCAUUUUGUCAUCAUUCGACAAUUUUAAGGAUGUGUGCCAAGAGAAGCGUCGUUUCCAAACACUCAUGGAAUACUUCAUGAAUUUUGAAGCCUUCAACAUUGAUUUCAUGGUGGCGUGUAUGCAGUUCAUGAACAUUGUAGUUCACUCUGUAGAAGACAUGAAUUAUCGCGUGCAUCUGCAAUACGAAUUCACAGCCCUAGGGUUGGACAAAUAUCUGGAAAAACUACGUAUGACUGAAUCGGAAGAGCUAAAGGUGCAAAUUUCGGCUUAUCUAGACAAUGUCUUCGACGUGGCCGGAUUAAUGGAGGAUUCCGAAACGAAGACAGCUGCUUUGGAACGUGUGCAAGAGCUGGAGGAUCAACUGGAGCGGGAGGUAGAUCGUAACUCUGAAUUUAUGUAUAAACUGGCCGAGCUCGAGACGGAGGUGGCUGUAUUGAAAGCCGAACGGGAGGACUUGAUGACGACGAAACUGAAAUUUGACGAAGAAGUCACAACGCUUCGUCGCAUACUUAAGCAGAACGAGCAGGAGCUGCAGAAACGUGAGUCUCUGCUGAAAAGCAAGAAUCUCGAACUGCAAACGUUGACUCGUUCUCUGCCACGUUCCGGCUCGAAUAGUGAAACGUCCCUGCAAAAUGGCGGCGCCUCGCCGGAUAAAUGUAUUUCUCCGCCUUUGCCACCACCGCCGCCACCACUGCCAUCUGCGUUAUCGCCUACCAGCUCUGCGCCACCACCGCCACCUCCGCCUGCACCACCUGCACCACCGCCGCCGCCACUAGCGCCUGGCGGAUGUAUGAGCAAUGGUGGUACCUUGUCACCCACUAUGUCGACAAAUGGCGGUUCGGUGGGUUCACGAUCACCGCCUUAUGGCUCUGGUCCUAAUGGCGGUCCUAUGAUGUGUGCGUUCCAACCACCGCCUCCACCUGUGGCCGGUUUCAUGCCCGCUCCAGACGGUGCCAUGACAAUCAAACGCAAAGUGCCGACAAAAUAUAAACUGCCCACGCUUAACUGGAUCGCUUUGAAGCCAAAUCAGGUUCGAGGUACCAUUUUCAACGAACUAGAUGACGAGAAGAUUUUCAAACACAUUGAUUUCAAUGAAUUCGAAGAGCGCUUCAAAAUCGGUAUUGGUGGCACAUUGAGCAAUGGCAACAACAGCGAAGUGGAUGGCCUGCAGUCUUAUCCCAGCAGGCGCUUCAAGAAACCGGACAAUGUGUCGCUAUUGGAGCACACGAGAUUACGAAACAUUGCAAUAUCUCGUCGCAAAUUGGAUAUGCCCAUCGAUGAGGUUAUUGCGGCCAUACAUAGUUUAGAUUUGAAGAAACUCUCACUGGAGAAUGUGGAGCUCUUGCAGAAGAUGGUGCCCACAGAUGUCGAGGUGAAGUCCUACAAGGAGUAUAUAGCCGAGCGUAAAGACCAAAACCUACUCACCGAAGAGGAUAAAUUCAUGUUGCAAUUAUCGCGUGUGGAACGCAUCUCAUCAAAGUUAUCGAUUAUGAAUUAUAUGGGCAAUUUCUUCGACUGCCUACAUCUAAUCAGUCCACAAAUACUAGCAAUAACAACAGCUUCUAAUUCGCUUAAGAAAUCUGUGAAAUUUAAAGCUGUGCUUGAAAUAGUGCUAGCCUUUGGUAAUUAUCUCAACAGCAGUAAACGCGGACCCGCUUACGGAUUCAAAUUGCAAUCGCUCGACACACUCAUCGACACAAAGUCGACCGAUAAACGUUCAUCCCUCUUGCACUACAUUGUGGCUACGAUUCGGCAAAAGUUUCCCGAUUUGCUCAACUUCGACACAGAGUUGUAUUGUACAGACAAAGCGGCGCAGGUGUCACUGGAGAAUAUUGUGACAGAUGUGCAUGACCUGGAAAAGGGUAUGGAGUUGGUGAAAAGGGAAGCGGAGCAGCGCGUAAAAGGCGCCCAAACACAUAUAUUGCGUGAUUUUCUCAACAACUCGGAGGAUAAAUUGAAAAAGAUCAAAAUGGAGUUGAAGAAUGCUCAAGAAGCAUUCAAGGAAUGUGUUGAGUAUUUCGGUGAAUCGUCGCGUAACGCUGAUGCGGCUGCCUUCUUUGCGCUGAUUGUUCGCUUUACGCGAGCAUUUAAGAUUCACGAUCAAGAGAACGAACAACGCCGUCGUUUGGAGCAAGCAGCCGCUCAAGCUGCAACCAAAAAGGAAAGCGAUCAAGUGUUAAUGCGAAACAAAAUGAACCAGAAAAAACAACAGAUGCCCGGUUGUGGCUUCUCCUUACAGGAUGCCGUCAUUAAUGAGCUGAAGAGUAAAGCGAAUUCGGUGCGUGAAAAGAAGCUGCUGCAGCAGGACGAGGUCUACAACGGUGCACUCGAGGACAUAUUGCUGGGGCUGAAGAGCGAACCCUAUCGGCGGGCCGAUGCCGUGCGGCGCAGUCAACGCAGACGCAUCGACAAUAAUCGUUUAUCGCGUACACUCGAAGAGUUGGACGUCUAAAAUGGGGAAAGACGAAAAAAAAAAGUAACGAAAAAAAAAAGAAAUGAAAUGAAAUAAAUUAAAAUACAAUUAAUUCCAAAUACAUACAUACAUGCAUACAUAUUUAGAUGUAAUAUUUUACAAGGAACAAAUUUUUUACAAUUAUAUUGUAAUUUCUACAAUAGCAUAAAAUGCCAAGAGAAAACUAGAAUUUUUGAUGAAUUUUUUCGCAAUUUACAUACAUACCUACAUAUAUACAAUAUAUAUAAUGAAGUGCAUAAAUACAUACAUACAUUCAUAAAAACGCGCAUGCAUAGAAACGACGCCACGCCAUACUCGAAUAAUAACAGUAAUAAAAUAAGUAAAUGCAUAGGUCA